AUGCCUUUCUCCGAGCGACCACCUGAGUUCCAUGCUCCGUUUGAGCUGGACAUACCUACAGACUCUAUUGAACUCUGCGCUACUCGUUGCUACCAAGAUGGAUGUAGUGGAGCGAAGUACAAUCCAAGCAGCGGCACAUGCUCUCUUGCCUAUGACGACAAGCAGUUCUAUUCUGAUAAGAACUCCGCUGAAGUGUCCACAACAGUAACUCCUGCCUCACCUUCUUCAACUGCCACCACAGAGGGAACUGAAGGAACUGAAGGACCACAAGGAACGGAAGGCAUAGGCAGCUCUGAACAAACCACAACAGGUCCAGAAGCUUCCGGAAGCACGCCGAUGUCAAAGAAGGAAGAGGAAGGCCCACAGAUGCCGCCACCCUCUUCUCCAUCAAAAUCUAUAUCAUCAACUUUCCAGAAAGGUUAA